AUGUGCUCCUACCUCCAGCGGCAGCUCAAAAUAAAGCCCUCGGCCCUCAAGGAGUUCGACCAAAAGGUCCGGCGCGACUCCAAGGGCUCUGGACCGUAUCCUUCCACCCACACCCAGCUCGCCCCGGGCGCGGCUAUCCCCGACAGCGCGACGCACAGCCUUCACGCGUCGUCGCACGAAGACCCGUCCCCCGACCGCCACGCGCAGCACAACAGCGCGGCGCUCCCACGGCCGAAGGUGUACCCCAAAGCGUUCGUCGCGCCGAGCCGUGGCAGCUCGAGGCCCUGA